GAAACGGAAAAUUAGUCAUUGCAAAGAUCAUUGUGCGUCGGUUGGAUUUGUAGCUGAUUCACGAAAGAAAAAAGGAUCGCUUAUCAACAAAACGCUCUCCCACGAAUAAAUGUAUAUUUAGUAAAUGCUUAAGACAUAAGAAGGCGGCGUCUAGCUUCGCUAUUUUUUCAACACGUUGGCUUGCUUAAACGAAAGACGAACGGCGCGUUACCUGCCAUAUAGAAUGGGCGCUAGAAUAUCAACAAAACGAUCUAAUAUGGAGUUGAAUGAGGGCAGUCGCUUGCAACGAUACAAAAACAUUAGCAUUAUCACGGUAUCAUCGAAGGCAAGUACGACGGCUGUCAAAACUAGACCAGAAAAAUUGGAUAUAAUCCUAGAUCGACCGAAACUCACGGAAGAAAUAAUCCGAACACACGCUUGGAAUCCGGAGGACAAGUCGUCCAAUAUUUUUAUAAAAGAAGAGAAUCCUUAUGUACUACAUCGACACCCGGUUGCGCAAAGCACGGACUGUGUUCGUGGUAAGUUUGGUUACAAACGAGGCUUUCACGUCUGGGAAAUUCGUUGGCCAACAAGACAACGCGGCACGCAUGCCGUCAUUGGUGUAGCCACGUCGAAAGCGCCACUUCAAUGUACUGGUUAUCAAACUUUGGUUGGUAACAAUCCCGAGAGUUGGGGCUGGGAUAUAGGACGUAAUAAACUGUAUCACGAUGAGAAAAAUAUUUCAAAGAUAAACUAUCCGGACGCAAAUGAUAAUUUCACAACACCAGAGUGUAUACGAGUUAUUUUAGAUAUGGAAGAAGGAACUUUAUCAUUCGAGGCAAACGAACAGUAUUACGGGGUGGCAUUUCGGGGUUUAAAAGGAAAGACUGUCUAUCCUAUCGUGUCGGCAGUGUGGGGACAUUGUGAGGUGGACAUGCGAUACAUUGGCGGUCUAGAUCCCGAGCCCCAGCCUCUCAUGGAAUUAUGCCGUAGGAGCAUACGAAAAUCAAUGGGAAAACAAAGGCUGAUCAAAGUUCAAGAUAAUGUGGAGAAAUUACCAUUGCCUGGCUGCUUGAAAAGAUAUGUCCAGUAUCAAUGGUGAAUUAGUUGGAACGACAACAGGAAUCUGUUUGAGAUUUUCUCGCCUCGAACAGAUCGCAGAAGUUAUUAAGAGAAUGCUGCCACGUCAUGUAAAAUCCAAUGUAGAUAUUUAGAAAGAUCUUAACAAUGGUAUAUCGGAGCUUUCCCCGUCACACACACUGCUCAUAACGUCCAGUUCUGCCUUGUAUUUAAUACCUUAACCAAAUAACACUGCCAAGCAGGUUAAUAAUUUAUAUAUAUUUAUAUGUUCAAAUACUCGAAACCAACAAUUAAAGACUGCGUAAUUUGGUAGAAGUUUAAGACAAGAGUCAAACCUUUUUAGCUAAGAAAUUAUUUCCAUAAUUUCGUGAAAGCACAAUAGUCAUAUAAGACAUUUAAAGUAUGCCGAAACAUGUUUGCUUUACAAAAAUUCGUCGUUUAUUUAAAAUGUCUUAAGAAAUGAUCGUACAUUGAAAUAUUGUGGACUCACAAUAUUAUUGGUAGUAAAUCCAGCGUUAUGGAAUAAAAAGAAAUAGUAUAGUGAUAUCACAUCAACCAUAACACAAAUGUAUUUAUUUAUUGCAAAGACAUCUGGGCCAUUUUCAAAAGAGUAGCUACUGUCCUAAUAUAAAAUAUAUAAUGAAAGCUUAGCGACAGAUAUUAAAUUAUUUCAUACAUUUUGUAAAAAGACGAUGUUCUGUGUUUCGCACAGAAUUGAUAUUUUGAGCGAGUACACAUAAUCUAUAUUUAACAUACAAAUGUACAUUAUUUAACAUCAAAAUUAUAUAAAAUCAUUUUGACAUUAAAAUCUCUUCACCAUA